AUGCGGUUUCGGCGGAGAACAUUAAUACAGGUAAGAAGAGAUAAUUUCAAAUAGUUUUUGGUUUAAAAUACGAAGCUACAAAGUACACUUUUUUUGUUUUAAAACCCCACGACAUAAAAAUUUUUUUCUCUGACCGUCUCUCUCAAUUUUCCAUAGUCUCUCGUUUGAAAAGAUCGUUGAAUAUCUCGGCUGUUCUUUGAAAUAGGGGGCUAAAACUUUCAGAAAUUAACUUGCAGGCUAUUUACAGCAUUGUUAAAAAAUUUUAAGAAAAUUGGAGGGUAAAAUACGAAAAAAAAUUUCAUCGAAAAAUUAAAUUUUUUUAAAAAAUUUAAAAAAUCAAGUCAAACUGACCUUAAAAUUAAAGACGCAUACUUUCCAGGCCCUCCUGCUCCUCUUUCUCCCCAGUUUUUGCUCAUCUGUGGCCAUAGACAACGACCUGAUUGGAGAGCCGGACAUUGAAUGCUUGGACUCGCAGAUCCGGGUCUGGAUCAAAACUCGGAAGCCAUUUGCCGGUCGAAUUUACGCAAUGGGAAAGGCAGAUGACGAUGGAUGUUUCAAAGAUGAUUUUAGUAAACAUAAGUCGAAGAAACCGAGGUUCGAUCUGCCAUUGGGGAAGUGCGGAAUGAAAAGUUUGAGAAGUGUAAGUUUUCGAGUAUAAAAAUUUUUAAAAAUAGAAAAAAUAUUGCGAAUUGAGAGAAAAAGUGGUAUUUUUGAAUUUCCUUUUUUUAUUGUUGCAUUUUUCAAAAAUUUUAGAAUCGCGUUUUGCAGAAAUUUUUUUUGUUAAACUUGAUGGCAAAAAAGUUUUUUUUCGAUAUCGAAUCUUCAGCUCCUAAAAAAUGUUCAAAUUAUUAUGUAAUGUAAAUUUUGCUUCCCUCAAAAAAUUUUUUUAAUUUCACCGUGCAAAAAUUUAAAAUUUAAAAAUACGUCACUAAAAAUUUUGCACGGUGCAGUCACUUUUUUCCCUGGAAAAUAUUGCCCUGUGCAGGUUCGAAACUUUCAAACGAUUUUUUUUUUUUUGAUUUUUCAGGAGAAAGGGGGGUUUAAAAAUUCGAAAAAUACUUGAUUUCCAUGUGCACUGUGCAAAAAUGAAAAAAAUAAUUUCAAAAUUCAGCCCCAAAAUUUUCAAAAAUAGCAAAAAAAAAUUGUUAUUCCAAUUUUCAGAUGGAUCCCCGUGGAAUGUAUUACGGAAUCACGUUGGUUGUCUCGUUUCAUCCACUUUUCAUCACCAAAGUCGAUCAGGCUUUCCAUGUGAAAUGCUUUUUCGAGGAGGUCAACAAGGGAUUGACGGCUGAGUUGGGGGUCAGGUAAGAUUGCUAAAAUGUUUAUUAGGCUUCUGAAUUUAAGGUAAAAUACGUAUCGUCGAGUGGGAAUUUUGGAAUAAAAAUAAUUUUUUGCAAAAAAUUUUGAAAUUUUUUUAUGUUAUUCUGACAAAAAAUAUGGUCGAUUAAACUGCUAAGAGGGUUUAUAAGUACGGUAAAAGUAUUUAUUUUCCAUUAGACCACCUUCUACAGCUAAAGUUUAGAGAUUUCCCUCCAAAAUUUUUAAAAAAUCGUCAAAUUUUGGUCCCGCAACGAAAACUUUCUAAAAGAAUUUUUCCUAAUUUUGCCUUUCAAAGGCUUUCUGAACCCUAAUUCAACAUGUUUUAGUAUGAUUGCCACCACCGAGAUCGAUGCUCGUCAUGGAAUUCCGGGCUGCAGCUACAGUAUCCAUCGGUCGUCCAUUGAGGAAUUGGACGAAGGUCAGCCGGCUGGGGCUCCAAUUCAGUUCGCCAAAAUUGGAGACAAGGUUUUGCAUCAAUGGCAUUGCGAUGACUGUGAGUUUUCUCAAUUCUUUUUUGAUUUUCUUGAGGAAAAAAUUUAAAAAAAAUGUGUCAUGAUGACUCAUUUUUUUGAAAUUUUCAAAAAUCAUGUCAUGUCAGACAUGUUUUCUCUCCAAGAUUUUGACAUUUUAGCAAAAAAAAAUUUAAAUUCGAAAAAUUUUAAAAAAAAUAUGUCAUGAUGACAUAAUUUUCCGAAAUUUAAAAAAAAAGAUCUUUUUGUAAAAACUUUUAAAAAUCGUAUUUUAGCGUGUUUUAGUUCUCUAAAACCCCUGAAUUUACCUACAUUUUAUUUUUUGAAAUUUAAUUUUUCCAUAUUUUAGCCAUGUACGGCGUCCUCGUCCACAACUGUUACGUGACGGACGGUGUGAACACCAAGGCCGAGGUGAUUGACUCCCGCGGAUGUCCGGUGGAUCCAAUCCUGAUCACGGGCAUCCGAUACUCGGCCGACUUGCAACGAGCCUACGCCGAGUCGCAGGUGUUCAAGUUCGCGGACAAGCCGGCCCUCUGGUUCUUCUGCCAGAUUCGGAUGUGCAUGAAGAAGGACGGGAGAUGCGAUGGGGUUACGGUAUGUUUGAAAAUUGGUCAGAACAAUGUUUUGAGUAUUUUGAAAGGUUUAUUUUUUAAUGUUUCAAAAUUUUUUGAGGGAGAAAUUAUAUUAUACUAGGAAAAAUUGGCCUUUGGGUACAAAAAAACAGUCACACUUUAACCAUAUCGUAUUUUACCUUUAAAAAAAUAAUAUUGGCUAAUGAAAUUGUUUUUGCCAGUUCAAAUUUGUACCAAUUCCUCAAAAUUUCGAGUUUUUAGUAAAAUUUCCAGAAAAUCCGUCAUAAUGACUUGUAAAAUACGAAUUAUUCAAAGAUUUCUUAACUUAUUAUUUAUUUCAUAGACCAUAUAUAUAAUACAUAAAAAGUUUCCAGUUCAAAAAUCAUCCCCUAAGGGAAUUUUCAACAUCUUUUUGACUAUGAUGACGGAUUUUUUAGAAAUUUUCCAAAAAAAAGCGAUUUUCGGUGGUUUUCAAAUUUGCACCGCUUGAUAAACAAAUUUUGCGCAAAAUACGACCAUUACCCAUCUAAUUUCAGCCACCUCCCUGCUCAACGAAAGAGGACAACGACAAUGUUCAUCUUUUGUCGGGAAAAAAAAGCGGAAAUACCGAUGAAAAAGAAGAGGAAGAAGAGAGUAACAACUCGGAAGAUGAGGAAACGGAAACCACAGAGACUGAGGAAGAGAUUGGUGAGGAAUACGACGAGACCACACCUCCACCAACCACACGACAACGAAGUCCGUCGACCAAGAGACCGAAGAAACAGAAGACAACGACCAAAAAACCGACAGAUCGGAAGAAGAAACAGUUUGAGUAAGUUGGAAAUAUGGAAUUGAAGGUAAAAUACGUUGUCCCCUUCUAUAAUUACACUAUUUUUGUCGCUACUACACCACUUUCGAAUAUAAAAAGUAUCAAAAAAAUUAAAUUUUUGGGCUAAACAAGGUCAAGUUCAAGGUGCUCUAGACGUCGCAAUUUUAAAAGCAGUGUUAUCAAAAUUUAAACCCUUCAAAAACAUGACCUGACAAGAGUAUAUUCUCAGUUUUGUUCAAAUCCGAUCACUCGGCGACAGUUUAUACGAUAAUUUUUGUUCUAAACUUUUUUGGAGGUAAAUAUUGACGGUUUAGUUCAGAACGCUCUAGUGGUUGCAGUUUUCACAGUAAGGUUAUAAACUUUUUGCUUGUGCAAGAUAAUGAUGUCGUUAACGUAUGUUAGAAUUUUCACUCGAAUCCAGUCGUUAGGCGACAUUUUAUACGAUGAUUUUUCUUGAAACCUUUUUUGAUGACAAAAGUCAAAAAAUUUUUACUUUUUCGGGAAAAUUACUGGUUUAGAAGACGAAAAUUGUAAUGUACAUGGAAUUUUAGGAUAGCAGGAGACCGAGCCAUCAAUUUUUUAUUAAUUUUUCCACAUAAAACUUUCGUAUUUCAGCGAAAAACCGCGCGGAUUGUCCCCCAUCGCGGAGCCCGCCCCAAGUCCCUCUCUCCCCUCUUCCGAGCAUCCCGCCGUCCCCUACGGCGGCCUUCCACCAUCUUCUCCGAUUGUCGCCGACAGCAACGACAAUGCUCCGACAGUGUUUGGACCCGGCUUCUCGCCGGACAAAGAGGCUUUCGGCGGCCAAGCCAAGGACUCCAACCGCCGGGAGGCGGCGCACACCGACUUUGAAACCAACGACGAUCUGCAUCCGGAGGACGGGAAGCAGUAUGAUCACCCGACCACGGCGUCGCAGGGCUCGGUCCGCCUGUCCAGCGCGCAGUCCAAAAAAGGUGGCUUUUUCGGAAGGUUCCUAGGUUGGUUUUUGGGCACCAUUAAUCAAAGAUUUGUUUUCCAUUUUUUCCAUUUUAUUUUUACAUUUUCAUUUUGAAGUGAGUUUUUAUUUGUAUUUUAUGGGAAAUUUGGAACGGUGAGGAGUGGUUAAGGAUAGGUAAAGGUGUGAAAAAUUGGAAUUUGGGGCAAGAGGUGGCCAGAAAAUUAAGUUUUCAGAUUUUGUUGAAACUUGGCACAUUCUAUUUGACCAAUCGACUAGAAAUCCCUGCAAAAAAUCAAUGUUUUCCGACUAAAAUUCAAAAAGUUACAGCCAUUUUUUCUCCGGUAUCAAGUACAAUAUAAUUUUUUUAAAUUUCUUUUGUUCUGCCGCUCUCUUCUAACUAUCACUGCUUUUUUCUUUGAAUUUCUGUUCCUUUUUAUGUUUUCGUAUAUUUUAUUCAAUGUUUUUACACAAAAUUUCAGACUACGUUGACUAUGAUUCCGAUGUGACGAUACCUCCAACUUUGACCGAUUUGCUCGCCAAUUUGCCCGAUGAUAUUAAUCGAGAGGGCAUUCAGAAGAUGCUCAAAGACUCGGUGACGGAUCGAAGGGCAUUGCUGAGUAGUAUGGACGAUCUUAUGAGCAAGGUAAGCUGAUUCUUAUAUUACACUUGGUAUUUUAGAGCAAAAAAUUAUUUUUGAAUGGUUUAAACUCACUGAAUUCUUCUUUUUUAGCUUCGAUCUGAAGGAUUAUCGGAUGUGCGGAGGUCUCCGACCAGUCGAUCGAAGAGGCGACCCGGCGAACGCAUCGAUCGGAUGGAGGUUUGUUAUCCAUGAGGACUAAUAUAAAAGCUUCGAAUUUUAGGUGUCCUGGGACUCGCAUCGGAUGCGAGAUGCUCCCUUGCCCUUCGAAAGCGAUGAGCCAAUGAUAUCUGGGCAGUUGAUGAUCUACGAUCUGGACGAAACUCCUCCUUUGGGAGCGACUUUGAGAGGUAGGUGUCUAGUGCAAUAUUGUCAAAUUUGAUACCUAAAUCUCCUCUAAAAAUCGACAAACAAAUUCAAAAUUACCUUUCAGAGUUUGGAGUCGAAGAAGAGCAUGUUGAAUCGACGGACGGUUGCGCCAUCAGCCGACAGGGACUCCUCGUUUUGGCGAUGAGCAUGGGCUCGUUGAUCUCCACUUUACUCUUCGUUCUGGCUGUCAUGUGCAUGAAACAGCGGAGAAUCUGCAGAAAAAAGGCUAACGGAUCAUAUGAGUAG